UUGGGACAAAAAUAAGUGAUACACCAAAAAAAAAAAACCCAACUACUGUGAUUAAAUGACACUUAAGAACAUAUGUCACAUCUCGACAGUGGAUUUUUUUUGUUUAGUUAUUAGUGUAGCAGGUGGUUUUUGUGUUGUUUAAGAAGACACAAACGCCGGUUUAAAUGGUUACUAGUCAAUUCGUACCAGUCAUUUCGUACUAUCCAUUUCGUAACCGUACUCCAUAGAGUCGGACUAGUUUAUUUUAAUUUCGUACCAUAGUGCAUUGGUCAUUUCGUACCACAGUCAUUUCGUAUCUACUUUUUACCAUCAUGUACUAUAAUGUUUGGUCAUUUCGUACCAUACGUCCAUAGUGAUUUCGUACUCGAUAUCUUAUUUUUGUCAUGGUAUGUCACUUCUUAAUUUUAUUGUUGACAAAUAAACGUUGACAUGUAAAAAUACCUUGUAAAGUGAGCAAAGGUUUAAAUGAAUAAGAGAAGUAAAUUAACGAUGAAAUGUGUUUCAGUGGCAAUUAACUCUAUUGAAUUCACUUUUCUGAACAUAUGUAUAUUGCCACAUGAAGGUGAUAGUCUAUUUUUAAGACGAACUGACUAGUAACGCAUCUUAUAUAGGCCUACGUCCUUGGCCCACUGUCGACAGAUUCUCUGCCUAUGCCUGCCUUAUUGCUUUUUGAUAAACAAUCGUUAUAAUCAACAGUCACAUCAGUAUCGAUGUAGAAUAUCACUGUGUGGUCUAGUCUAUGAUUAAGCAUAACAAAAUAUAUACGAUCUUGAAAUAAUUAUAACUUUAUUUCACAAUUUCAUAAUAAAACACAGCACUAUACUCAAGCUACAAUUAAGACACUUUUGAAAUCAACAGUUUACUAUCUAUCAUUCAACUAAACUGCACAAUAAAUGAUUACGGUAUGAAAUGACCAAGGUACGAAAUGACUGAAUGGAAAUGGUACAAAAUAACCAUGUUACGAAAUGACUUGGGUACAAAAUGACAAAAUAACUAUGGUACGAAAUGACCAGGGUACAAAAUAACUUGGGUACAAAAUGGUAAAAUUGGGUACGAAAUGACUAUGGUACGAAUUGACUGGUUACCAUUCAAAUGAUGCUUGAUUUAUUCCAGCAACACAGUAGCAAGUACUUGAAGUAGUUCACCAAGAAGAUGAAUAAGCAAGAUGAGCUCAGCUGUCUUGAAAUCUUCCCCUUGUUGAUUCCUCAAGAUAAUGAGAGACUGGUUUAUGAUGGCUUCGUUCACACUGGAGGUAAGGAUUUGAGACUAUGUAUAUGUCUUCCGUCUUCAGGAAACCUGUCAGAUGCAACAGUGAAAUGUGAAUGGAGACUAGCUCAAAUUCUUUCACGACAUUCAGCCAUCUUAAAACAGAGAUUAUCACAAGCUGCCGAUUUGCCUUCAUUUCUACAAGAUCUAAAAAAUUUGCUGGAUCAACAGCCCCAUCAGAAUGCACAACUUCAAACUGAGACUUCAGUUGUUUGCAGUCAGCUCAUCUCAGAGAUAGAAAAUAUUGGAUGGGACAAAUUGUUAUCAGUGGAUUCAACUUUUCAGAAUAUAUCUCUACAGCUACGAGACAAAGCUGAGAGAAGUCAUAUCAUCAAGAUCCGUCUUAGUUCCAAGCAUCCAGCUGAUGCCCCUGUGAUUUCCACCAACCUGCCUAACAAAUUUGAUUUUCAUUGGAAUUCAAAGAGCACGUUACGACAUGUUGUUGACCAGUUCCAGGAAGUGAUCUCCAAAUACCUGGACUUUUGGGAUAACAUGGACGAGAUUGAUAAAAACACGUGGGUGUUGGAGCCAGAGCAACCAAACUGUGCAGCUGUCCACCGCAGAAUUGCACUAGAUUCAAAUGCAUCUCUACAAAUAGUUGUUGAUCCACAUCAUCCUCGCAUGCUCCCAGAAUGUAGAUUUCUUGGCGCGGAUCAAGUGGUAAAUCCAUUAAGAGAAAAGCUGAACAGCAACCUGCACCUAUGGGAUGUGGAGUCAUCAUUGUUGAGUAAUCUGGAGAAGCUGCUCGAUAGGAGUUUUCCAUCUCCGUCUAACUCUAAGAAAGAGGAAUUCAGCAUGGAGUGUGGUAUCUGCUAUGCAUACAGACUUGAACGUGAAAUUCCUGACAAGGUUUGUGAUGAUUCCCGGUGUGGCCAGCCAUUCCACAGGAGUUGUCUGUAUGAGUGGUUAAGAGUACUUCCAUCCAGUCGACAAAGUUUCAAUAUGAUAUUUGGAGAGUGUCCAUUCUGUGGCAAGUCUAUUACUGUUAAAACGACUGUCCAAGGUUGACAUUCAAAGCUUAUACCGGCUAUGGAGGACUGAAACUGCAAGGAAACAUUCUGUGGAUGAUUGUUAAUGUUAAAAUGCUAAAAAUCACAGUUUAAUGGACUGUACUGGAUUAGCAGUGCUGCCAUCACAAUGAUCCUGAAAAUCACUGGUUGAUAGUGCAAGAUACAACAAAAGCUGAAGAUCACUGUUUGACAGUGCAAGAUACCACAAAGGCUGAAGAUCACUGUUUGACAGUGCAAGAUAUCACAAAGGCUGAAAAUUACUGACAGUGCAAGAUAUCACAAAGCUUGUGGUGGAUCCAAGAAAUUUGGAAAGAGAGGAGGGGAUAUUUUUGGUAAAUUCUUCCUGAAGUUGGGGGAUCCAUGUUGAGAAUACAAGACCAAGUGGCAAUGUGUGCCAGGGGCUCUUGUCCUCAUCAGUCUUAUCAUUUACAAGCUGAAUGAGUUUAAUGUUGCCAGUGAUAACUGCUGGGAUGAAUGAAAUAAGGGAACUCGUGGAAUUGUACACUAAAUUUAAUUUACUACUAGCGUAGUAAUGUCAAAUUGUAAUGUGGAAUUGAAUGUCAAUAGUGUUGAAUUGCUGCUAGUAAGAGUUGACUUCUGGCAAUGGAUUGAGGGUUUUGGUUGCAGUCACUAAUUACUGUUGCUACAUGUAUUAGUGUGAUCCCUAAUUUCUUCCCAGCAGUACAUUAUAAACAUGAAUAUAAAAUUGAUGUAUAAAAUUAUGUCAACAAAUAAAAUUGCUCUCUAGGCUGGAAUACCUGAAGGUCUUGUGUGUCAGCAUCAUAAAUGCAUUCAUUUGGGGGACAUGAUAAUUACCCAAUGUUGUGUUUCCGGAGAGACCUUCAAUGCAGUUACCACUUAAGUAAGAGUGGGUGGCUAUCAAAUUUUAAAGAAAAAGUUGUAAAAUGUUUUUUGACUACUAACCAUAGUUUAACUUAGGACAUUCUGAAUUAAAGUUUGAAAAAUGUUAUUUUAUAUACAUGACAUUAAAAAUUAUUUGGUUAA